AUGAAACACGUUCUGUACGUUUGGUGCCAUGCUAUUGCUCUGCUACUGUUCCAAGCCAACUCGGACCCGGCCAUUCGGUCAGAUUGUCGCACCCAAGUCGAGCUUCUUCUUCCUUUCGGUGCUGCCUUCUAUCUUCUGCCUUCGGUGUUUCAAGUGAACAUUUGGUGCUUUUCUCCGCACCGAAAAGCCGCUUUUUCGGAAUGCGUGAGGUCGCCAUACGUAACCUUGCUCAUCUUCGUCCGUCGGCUCUGA